AAAAACCAAAACAAACUCAAUGAUUUUGAAACUGUUUAAGGAGAUUGCAGUGCAAAUUACUUUAUUAACUGUGAAAACCAAUGGAUAUCAAAAGACCGAAAAAAUAUGGUGAAAACUAUACUUCAGCGGUGCUCUCUACCGCUAUUGCGAAGGUUCGCGGCAAAGAGAUGAGCAUCAAGAAGGAUGCAAAGCAUUUCGGAAUUCCCCGUUCUACGAUUCGCUCCCGUCUGUUGCUGAAGAAUCAGGAUCAAAUUCGUGGUGGUCCAGACACAGCUUUACUACCAGAAGAGGAAAAGGAAAUAGAGGAGUGGAUUUUCGAUAUGCAGAACCGAGGAUAUCCAAUCACGAAAAAUUGGCUACUGGACAGCGUGAAGGAAUAUCUGGAUGCCAAUAACCGCGAGAACCGAGAACAACUGCUAUUCGGACUCCAGAGUUUGAGAUCAGCGCUACCGCAAAAGUGUCUUCAUCGAAUACAGUGAUACCUCCAUGAGUCGAUGUUCCAUUACUCGAUAUCGACUCAUGGAACCAUACUAAAAACAAAAUUUC